GUCUGGAUUACGGAAAUGGUCCCCACUUGUAAAAAAAAAAAAAUUGUAUACCGUGCAAAACCCGGGUCGCACGCCUGGAAUUCCUCUUUUAUCCUUUCCUCAUCGGGGAACCAGGACAUACAAGUAAUUUAUGAAAACUCCAAGCUCCAAUUAGGUAAAAUCCAAGACCUUCCCGGCAAUGAUGUUUGGAAGAAGCAAGGAAGAAUACCGUGCAGAGAAGGCAACGUCUUUGUCUUUGAUACGAGAGCUAUUCAGCAUUCCUGGGUUUCGGUUUCCGAGCCGACAAAUAGUCGCAGUACAGGGAAAGGGGAAGACAUGCCUUUGACCCGAUUCCAAGUCCGGAACGAGUUCCGACUCGGCGAUCCGGAGCUGUUCAGAGGUGCGAGCAAGGACGACCCCAAAGCGUUUCUUGAUGGAGUCGCCGUCGCUGGACUCGUUGGGAUCCUACGGCAGUUGGGAGAUCUAGCCGACUUUGCAGCUGAGAUUUUCCAUGACUUACAUGAACAAGUGACGACUACAGCUGCCAGAAGUCAUCAAAUGAUGACACGUGUACAGCGCGUUGAAGCAGCACUUCCUCCCCUUGAGAAGGCUGUUUUUGCCCAAACAAGCCACUUACAUUUUGCUUACACUCCAGGUUCUGAAUGGCAUGCUGAUAUUCAAACAGAACAAAACCACCUUGGGCACAGUGACUUGCCAAGCUUCAUUAUGUACUCCUAUGAAGAAUGCCGCGAUCCACCCCGCUUAUUCCUGCUUGAUAAGUUUGAUACUGCUGGUGCUGGAGCCUGUUUGAAGAGAUACUCUAAUCCAUCUUUUUUCAAGACGGUAUGGGCUAGCUCAGAAUUGGCAAAUGCUGAGAAAGUUCGAAGAGAGAAGAAAGCUCAGAAAAGCAAGAAAAAAGCAUCACAUCAGAGAAAUGGAGAAAUCCAACUUGAUGCGACUAUAUCUCAGUGCUACAGCAGUGUCUUAUUGAACAGAAUACGGUUGGCCUCUCCGGAUACCAAUGGCCAAAGAUUUGCUGCUCAAACUGCCUCAACAUCUCGUAUAAGAUCCAAAUCUGAUCCGGAAAAUGGAUCCAUGUCUCUUGAUUCAAAACCUCAGCUGGACUUUGUUGAGCAUGUUUUCAAUAUUAAUUCUUCCAUGGAACAUGAAGGAUUCGAACAUGAUGACUUGUCGUCUUCUAAACUAAAGGCGCAAUAUAAUGGUACCCAUACGUCCAUUCUUCUCAACAGAAGAGAUGGAGAAGAUGUGGACAUCGAUUCGUCACAUAAAUCAUUGCAACGGCGAAGUGCCUCUGGAUCAUCAUCUGUUAGUUGGGAUGAGAAGACGGAGAUAGUAAAGCCUACAAGAAAACCAUGUAUAAGUAUUCCUCAGGACCAGGGCCAAGCUUCAGAGACUCUGCCAGUGAACUUCGAACCUAAAUUAGUGCAGCAGGCUUCUAGCCUUUCAAACAUUCGUCAAGAGGAUAUGUUGUUUGAUGUUGAAAAUACACCAGAAUCAUAUUCGGGUCGAAACCAAUUUGAUGAGGUUGUCAGUGAGACAGAUAAUUACGUGGAUGCACUUAACACCAUCGAAUCUGAAAUUGAGACUGAUUCUGAGUGCCAAACCAAAUGGGAAGUGGAGCUGCAAUAUGACUUCAAACAUCAAGGAGUGGAAAAUGGAACCGUUGGGAUGCCCAAGAUGGCUGCUCAAAAUUCAAAUUCCUCUGAUGUUCAGUCUCCAAUUUCUUCACAGUCAGUCUCUUCAGAGAGUCCAACCCAUGCUCAACCACCUAAAAUUACCAGCAUGGCUUCUAACCCAGACACUGGUCUGUGUGGGAGUUCCGAUCAACUUGAUGUUUCGAGCAUCAAUGGUUUUGAAUCUUUUAAUGGCAAUCCUUCUUCUGGAUCCAGCAUUCCCGAUUCACAGGGAAAGAAGGUUACAGUCAGCUCAAGCAAGUCUCAAGAAUCUCUGGAAACUUCUAAUGCACCUUCCAUUAACUUCUGGACAAAUGGUGGCCUUUUAGGACUUGAGCCAUCAAAACCUCCAGAUUUCAGUGUCUCAAAUGGUGCAAGUCAGAAACCUGCACCUGGUAUUAAAAAUGACGAAGGUGAUCUUACAAGUCACGAUGCGAUGACCUGGCCGCAUCAUGAUGAAUCUAGUGGGAAAUCAAGUACAUUUGUUAAGUCUGUUGAACACACAGAACAAAACUCAAGCAUUGAGGGAGAAAGAGAUGGAUGUCCUGAUGUUUUCGGGCCCACUGAUCUCAGCAAUCUGCAUCUUGAUCAAUCAGUUAGCAGAACCAGUAACUCAGUUCAACUAGUUGGUCGAUCCGAUGAGCAUGAUUUGACAGACACAAGUGCUGCAACUCCUGGAACUGAAUUGCCAGCCAUUUCUAAUGUUGAGGUGCAAUCCAGUGAAUCUGGCCAAACCAACAAUGAGGUAUCAUCCAGCAUGUCCGGCAUUAACUGUAAGCCUCCUGUAAAUGGGCCUCCAAGGAAAGCAUCACUUUUCCAUGGCGAUUCAUCUGAACCAUCUAUCACUGUCAGUACGAAUCCCAUAAAGUGGCAGGAGAGACUUCGUCUUCUUGAGCAGAAGAAAGGGCAAAAUGGAGUUGGAUCUUGGACUUCCGAUGACAUGACCCUAAAAGAACAGCCUCAACUUGGAUCACCAGAAAAUCUGAUUUCUUCCAAGUCUUAUUACUUCAGUCAUCCAUCCCCACCACUGGAACAUAUGAAGAUCUCUUUCCACCCUAUGAAUGGCCUGGAGACUUCCAAACUGAAAUUGGAAUUUCCAGAUGGGCAUCAUUUUCACAAAAUCAGUCAAGACUCUGAUUCUCCUUCAUUCCAGUUGCUUCCUAAACUCGCUAUUCCACUGCAGGAUAUUGGUUCUGAAUCUGAUGAUGACACAUUCUAUAAAUCGUCUCCAUAUCCAUCAGAUGAUCUUCUCAGUCCUCGUUCAGAAUCAAACUCCGAGCAUUGGGAAUCUGCCGAAAUGACUGGAAGCAAGGACCACGAGAUAUACGAUGCUUUACGUAGAAUCCCUUCGACUUCCUCCAUCUCCAGCUCUUCUGAGAUUGAGGGAAAUUCAAAUGCUGAACAUGGCAUUGAAUCUGUUGACUUUGGUCCCGCACUCUAUCUUCCAAGUUUGAAUGUGACGAAUUUCUUAAUGAGUCAAAAAGAAGCAAAAAGUGAUUCUGACAGAAAGCAUCUGUUAGAUCCUGCAUUGCCAUAUCCUAAUGAGCUCCCACCGCCGCCGCCACUCCCUCCACUGCAAUGGAGAAUGAUGAAAUCUGCAUUUGCCUCAGCAGAAGAUAAACAACAUGAUGUUUCCAAUGCCAGCAAUCAGCUAGAGGAUCUGCAAGUUCGAGGACCCAUUAGUUCUCCGCAGUCCAAGCCACCUCAACCAAAACCACCUCAUAUUGAGGAGGCAACUGCAUCUCCUGACAAGGGCAUGCAAGAUCGGCAGAGGCUGAAUGGGUGCAGGGAAGUGAGUAAGGCUGCAAAUGACGAGGUGGUGGAUGAAAGGGAAGAUUUUCUGCAGCAAAUCAGAGCCAAGUCAUUUAGCCUGAGGCCAACUCUGGCAACAAGACCAAGCUUCACUCCCAGGCCCACUACCAACAUCAAAGUAGUUGCAAUUUUGGAGAAGGCGAACGCCAUCCGCCAGGCUUGUGUGGGCAGCGACGACGACGUUGGGGAUGAUGAGAACUGGAGUGAUGGUUGACAUGCAUGGUUAUCAAUGGAAUGGGAAGACUCCACACAUGCACCAGGUCUACUUGUAUCCAGCUGGUAAGGGCAUGUCCUGAAGUGAGUUGAAGUUGUGUGGUAUAUAUGUGCUAAAGGUACUCUCACCCUUGCACACCUGCUCGCGGUUGCACAUGCCACUGUGGCACAUGGGUGCAAACUCUGUACGGUUCAUCAAACGGGUGCCGCUGUGUAAUUUGUAUGUGCCCUGGCCCAAAACCUAAUGCAUCAAGUGUGGUCCACACGUGAAGAAAAUGCAGACUGAAAACAUUGAGCAGCAGUCAACAAACAUGUAGGGCCACAUGAUGAGUUGACAGCUGAAGAUUUUGUGGUCACAUCCACAGUGGGCCUGUUAAAUGAAUGGUCCUCAUCUUGCACAAUGUCCCACAUGGGCUAAUGGGACUGUGUUGGGUUGUGCGAGUACCCAUGGCAUUUCAGCAUUUCUCCUGUGUGAAUAAUCUCCGUUAUUUUGUAUGAAAUAUUUGUUGGUCUCAUGUUAUAUUUGUAGGGCUUUAUCUCAUUUUGAUUUAGAUUAGGCUGUAAAAACCUUUUUGGAGGGCAAGGAUCAAUCCACGUCAUGUAUUCAAAAUUCUA